AUGCUCAGUCUACAAGGAAAAGUGGUUCUCAUCACCGGCCUCGGCCAAACCGCCGAUGAAGGCUGGGGCAUCGGCGCAGCCAUAGCGACCCUCUUCGCCCGGCAAGGCGCCUCAAUCUUCGGCGGAAACCGGUCCCUCUCAUCCGCAAAUCGAACCAAGAAGCGCAUCGAAGAAGAAGGCGGAAUCUGUGAUGUGGUCGAGACGGACGUCACCAGUUCCCCUUCCGUCAAAGCGCUGGUGGACCAAUGUAUGCAAAAGCACGGCCGGAUAGACAUCCUUGUGAGCAACGUGGGCCGCAGCGAGCCGGGGUGUCCAGCAUCCAUGUCCGAGGAAGUAUGGCAUUCCCAAGUUGAUAUCAAUUUGAAUAGCCUGUAUCUCGUCUCCCACCACGUCCUACCAAUCAUGGAGCAACAAGGAUGGGGCAGCGUGGUGAGUAUUGCCAGUAUUGCCGGACUCCGGUAUAUUGGGAAACCGCAAGUGGCAUAUUCCGCGACGAAGGCUGCCAUGAUGCAAUUCACCAAAGCGACCGCUAUCAUCUAUGCGGAGAAGAAUGUUCGGCUCAAUACGGUGGUGCCGGGGUUGAUCUACACGCCGUAUACACAGGCCCUGGCCCAGCGAUAUGCCCCCGGGGGUGAUGAGGCGGCGUACAUGAAGAAACGGGAUGAGCAAGUUCCCAUGGGGAGAAUGGGGGAUGCAUGGGAUGUCGCCCGGGCGGCACUUUUUCUCGCGUCGGAUGAAGCGGGUUAUAUUACGGGGCAGUCGUUGGUUGUGGAUGGGGGGGAUUACAUCGUCGACAGGGAGGGUGUGAUGGGAUGUAUUGGCCCUGGAGUAUAG